GGGAUAAUAUAACACAUGGAUGAAGGUACACUUUCUGUUGUUUGCUUUGUAGUCUUGGAGGAAGAUGAAGAUGACUUUCCUGCCACCACAAGACCAGAUAGUGAAUGCCUUCACAACAACAAUGGCAGCAAAGAGAAAUUGUUUUCCCCUGCCAGCCCAAAGGGGAUCAAUGGUAUUGACUUUAAGGGUGAGGCCAUCACCUUCAAGGCCACGACGGCAGGCAUUCUGUCUACAAUGUCUCACUGCAUUGAACUGAUGGUCAAAAGAGAGGACAGCUGGCAGAAGAGACUGGAAAAGGAGCUGGAAAAGAGGAGGAGGGUGGAGGAUGCCUUCAGAUCUGCCAUUAAUGAAUUGAAGAAGAAAUCACACUAUGGAGGCCCAGACUACGAGGAGGGACCCAACAGUCUGAUCAAUGAAGAUGAGUUCUUUGAUGCAGUGGAAGCUGCACUUGACAGACAAGACAAGAUCGAAGAGCAGUGCCAGUCAGAGAAGGUCAGGAUACCUCGACUAACUCCUGUUCCUUCUGGAGACGCCUACACCACCAUCGGCACACACAGAUUUUCCACCAAGGUGGAAGAGAUGGUGCAGAAUCACAUGACGUACUCUCUGCAGGAUGUGGGUGGAGAUGCCAACUGGCAGCUGGUUAUAGAGGAGGGAGAGAUGAAGGUGUACAGGAGGGAAGUGGAGGAGAACGGGAUUGUUCUGGACCCUCUCAAAGCUACGCAUGCUGUGAAAGGUGUGACGGGACAUGAGGUCUGUCACUAUUUCUGGGACACUGCUGUCCGAAUGGACUGGGAGACCACCAUAGAAAACUUCACCAUCUUGGAAACGCUCUCAGAAAACGCCAUCAUAGUUUACCAGUUGCACAAGAGGGUGUGGCCUGCCUCUCAGAGAGACGUACUCUAUCUGUCAGCCAUCAGGAAGAUCCUGGCAACUAAUGAAAAUGAUCCAGACACAUGGCUGGUCUGCAACUUCUCUGUGGAUUACGACAACGCUCCUCCAACAAACAGAUGUGUUCGUGCCAAAAUCAAUGUUGCCAUGAUCUGUCAAACGUUGGUCAGCCCACCAGAGGGCGACAAGGAGAUCAGCAGAGACAACAUCCUCUGUAGAAUCACCUACGUUGCCAAUGUAAAUCCAGGAGGCUGGGCUCCAGCCUCGGUCCUUAGAGCUGUGGCCAAGAGGGAGUACCCCAAGUUCCUGAAACGCUUCACCUCCUAUGUCCAGGAAAAAACUGCCAGCAAGCCCAUCCUCUUCUAAACCCCAAAAGAAUGAGGACACGCCCACAGAAAAGACCUCCUUUCAGUGUCUACGUUAGCCACUUGCCCUCCAACUAGAUUGUGUUCUCAAACCUCCACUUUUUGGACAGCAGGGUGUCAAACAGACCGCCUAUUUUUUGAAGACUGGCUUUUCAUCCGUCAGUAGGGACUUAAGACCAUCUCGCCUGUGUUUGUAUGUAAAUUGAACUGUUUCCUAAGUGGGUUUUGAAUUGUUGACAGUUAUUUGCUAUUUUGUAAAUUGUUUUGUACAUUUCUUAUGAUCACAUAUUUCUUGUUUGGGUUUGCUUUAAUCACUAGUGUUACAGCUGCUUUUUCUACUGCUAAGGUUUGUACCGUGUGCAAGAACGGCGGGUGGAUCCCAUCGAUGGGGAGAAGUAUUGAUUCACUUUGCGUCAGUGUUUCCUCUUUCUUGCCUUCUCUUGUCCCUCUGGUGACGACUAUCUGCAGUUUGAUGGAGGGUCAGAGCCCAAAGCUUUGGAAAUCAUUGCAUUUCUAGACCAUUGUAAAGUAGAUUUCAGUGAGCACUAUGGGCAUGUUGUAUUGUACAUAGAAAACACAAGAUGUUUGUUAGUUUACUAAUGUGACUAAUGUGAAUUGACUGUUAAAUGCUUGAAUUUGAUGACGGUAGCAGGCCCAGGAAAUCCCAAAUGGGAGACAAAGAACAUUCAUGAAAGUUUUAACUUGUUUUUGGGUAUUUGUGAUGGACAACUGAACAUCUACAGUAUUCAUAAUUUAGUACACUUUGAUGUUGAGUCGCCGUCAGUGUCCCUAUUAAUUCGGUUUUUGACAUAUAUUUACCAUCUCCAUGAUCUUAAAAAAGCCUCUUUCAUUGCAACGAGUGGAUGAUUUAGAUGUUGUUUCCCUCCUUUUUUGUGGUGGUUGUUGUGGUGGGGGCGUUACUACAAGUAUAAAUUGUCCCAAGUGGUUUUGAGACAUUUCCAUACUGAAUGUGUACUGCACCAAUGCUCUGAUUGGUUAAAACACAACUCAACAGUAAUAACAGCAUGUUGCAGUAAUACUACUAGUAACCCAGUAGCGCCAUUUGGUUGUUAUCCAUGUUUGUGUCCACAGAACUCUAUUGCUAGGUGUGGCUAUGACACAAGAUCUUGCUGGAUUUUCGCCAGAAUUUAAAAUGGCAAGAGGAUUUCCACAAAAAAAAAAAAAAAA